GAGCCAUCAUGAAUGCUAUCGCCGCAGCCGUUUUCUGCGCAAUGUCGGUGUGUGUCAUCGCCAUAGCUGUCCGCCAAGCGCAUAUCACAGUCGGCAUGGGCGGAGGAUCGCACGGAUGCAAUUGCCCCACGCUGAACGUGUUGGCUGCAAGGCAAUGUUGCGUCACGGUGGGGACCUGCUGUCUCACGGCAGGAAUGGGCAUUGGAGGUUACGGUGGACAUCUUGGCGACGCCGAAUAUGGAUACCCUGUUGCUCCCUACGCUCCCAUCGGAUUGCGCACGCGCAGGCCUGUCCUCCCUCGUGCCCCGUUGGUUCACGGUGGCCUGCAGCUCAACAUUGACGCUGGGCUGGGAUGAUUGGAA